AUGUUGCAUUCAAUAAACUGCUUCAAAGUUUGUUCGCGGUGACUUCAUGUGGCCAUUUGUAUCGCGGCUGUACCGUAUUCGUAUCGAACGUUGUCCGUUCAUAUUCCGUUAUCGGCAAACCCACCCACUCGUAUAAAGUACCUGCGUCAAUCCCAACAAAGCACAAAUGGCUCAAGUCCAGGAUUCAGUACUACAGCAAUACCACUGCGUCAUACAACUUGACUACCACCGCUAUUCUAGCCUGUGGCGAUGUGCAUCCUAAUCCAGGACCAGCUUUGAGUAGCUCUAGAAAACAAGUUGGGGCAAAACUGAACAGUUUAAGAGCUUUGUAUCUAAACGCUCGUAGUCUAAAGGCAACCGCAGAAUCUACGGACGACAAGGCAAAGAAAACCAGUAAGUUGACCAUUCUUCAGAAUCUUGUUUAUCUCGAACAGUAUGAUAUCGUAUGUGCGUGCGAAACCUGGUUAAAUGAAUUAAUUCUUGAUAACGAAAUUCUACCCGGUUACACCAUUCAUAGAAAAGACCGACACGGGAACAUGAGAGGUGGCGGAGUCCUUGUAGCGAUAAGAAAUGAACUGCGCUCAUCUCGAAGACUGCUACUUGAAGGUCAACAAAGUGAACAUCUCAUGAUCGAACUGUAUCCUGCGAACUGCUCGAAAUUCCUAUUAAGUCUCUUCUAUAGACCACCAAAUUCUGAAGAAGAUUACACUAAUCGAGUUGAGAGACUCUCUUGAUCGUUUAGAUGAAUUAUGUCAACUUGUUCUGGUCGGUGAUUUUAACCUACCCAAUAUUGACUGGUCAUUGGACUUUCCUUCUCCCACAUCUAAAGGCAGUUUCAAGGAGGAGCUUUUUUGCGAGAUUAUUACAGAUCAAUUCCUCUACCAAAAAGCUGUCGGUCCGACUCACCUGCAUGGUAAUAAAUUGGACUGUGUAUUCUCGAAUUCUCCGAAGCUCAUCACGAACGUGAACUGCACAAAUCCAACUGAUCUAUUUCCAACUGAUCAUUACCUUAUCGAGUUCGAUAUCAAAGUUUGUUUUCAAAAAGCAAAAUCGAUAAGACGAACAGUGUAUGACUUCAAUAAUGCAAACUUCGACGGUGCUCGUGAACAUCUAAUGAAUGUCCCGCUCGAUUCUGCGAUAUCCAAUAAUUCAGAUAUUGACGAAUGUUGGAAAGCAUGGAAAGAUCUAUUUAUCACAGCGAUAGAUAAAUUUGUACCUAAAAAGACAGUCGUUGACACCAACACACCACCUUGGAUAGACCGGGAU